GUUGACUGUACGCAUCAACAGUGUCUGCAGCUGUUUUAUUUGCACUGUGGGCGCUCGACAGGUAUGGCAGUGUCUCUAUUUUGUUCUUAUUCGUCUGCAAUUGUUUAUCCCUAUUCCACCUGGGCUAUUGUACCUGAGCUAUUACAUCAUCUUCUUGUUACACCAUUCCACCUGAGUUCUUACAUCAUCUUCUUGUUACACCAUUCUACCUGAGCUAUUUCAUCAUCUUCUCGUGAGUCUCUCUUAUCCCUUUCUCACAUUAUGCACCUGAUCUCUCUCUCCCUCUCUCUACAUUAAAUUCACCAGUGCUCCAGUGAUUUACAGGAGGACGAGACCUUGAAAGCUGCUUUUCCAAGUGUCAGUAGAAGAACCUUCUCAAUGUCACCAGCUGAUAGAAUGCUGGCAAAGACAGCUAGCGAAGGUAUAAGCCAGAGCUCCGGCAGCCAGACGACGGUUGCAACGCCACAGGAAGCAACCCUCAAGUGCCCUAGAUGUGAUUCCCUACGCACCAAGUUUUGCUACUACAAUAAUCACAGUCUCACAAAGCCGAGGUAUUAUUGCAAGACGUGCAGAAUGUACUGGGUAAAAGGAGGAAACCUGGGCAGCUUACUAGUGGGUGCCGGUACUGUCCAUGGAGACCGCCAGAAAAUCAAUAAACUGAAGUCUUCUUUGAGAGAUUCACAGAACUGCUCCAAUGGAUCAUCUAAUACAGGAAAUUCUUCUUUUAUGGGCUUCAAAUUUCCUUUGUCUCUCUCACAUGGAGAGGGCACCCCAGAUUUCAGCAAUGGAGUUCAAGAAAUGGGCUCAUUCCUGAAUCUUCAUUGUGAUCUUGUGACCUCCAUUGAGUCGCUGAUUUCUAUCAAUCAAGACAUACGCUUGAAGUUACAGCAACAAAGAUUAGCUACUAUGGGAUUUUUAAACCCAGGUUUCACCCACAGAAAUUUUGACCAAAUUUCUUCAGGGAUGAAAAGUUGGGCUUCUGCAGCAGAAAGCAGUGCCUCGUCUGCUAAUCAUGAACAUCACAUUCAGAAGCCAAAAUCCAUUUCUUUUCAAAACCCGAGUUCUUCAAAGUCGAAGACUUUUCAAAAUUCUUCAACGACGAAAAUUUGGACUUCAGCGACCGGAAGCAGUGCCUUGUCUACUAAUCUUGAACAUCAGAUUCAGAAACCACAACCCAGCUUAGCGAAAGUGUGGUGUUUCGAUAACUGUUAUGUCCCAGCAAUUGCAAGUUAUAGCAAUGGAAAUGGAAAUUCUUGAUAAGUAAAAAUUCUGUGCAGAGUCAUAGCAGAGGAGAGAUCGAGAAGUAGUAGACCUACAGUUGUUAUUUGGUUUUUGAAAAUAUAUUUUGAUGUAGGGUGAACUGUAUUGAUGAAAAUUUGAAGACUGCGAACAUGAAUCGUGGUAGGAUUGAAGCCCUUUUGGAUGAAAUAGUCAUUAGUUUUGUUUUUAAUGCUAAUAAACUAGAUCUUUUUUCCUUUGAUCUUGAAUCCUUGAAUUUCACUAGUUAAUGAUAAAUUUUUGUAGUGAAAUUCAAUAAUCUGUAUCCAUAGUCUACAGUAUAUCAAGUCUAAUAUGAUUUGAAACUAAUUUUAUGGACGAUUCACCCAAAAUAUUUUGUAUCACAAUAAGCUGAGUUUGAAAUUUUCAUCGUAGUUCGGUGAAUCAUCUAAA